GAAAAACGCCACAAAAAGUGAAGAAUUUCAACUAUUUUCUCCAAAAGACGGUGUUCAAACCACAAAAUAGGAUUGUGAACCCUGCAAGUUUAGCAGAAUCGUUGGCGUGAUGUCCACUUUCAUAAAACGGAACCUUAAGAAUAAAGGCGCCCGGAAGCGCAAACAGUCCUCCAGUGAUUCAGAUGAAACAGCCGAAAAUGAGUCCGCAGUGGUCGUUACGAACGAAAAACGCAAGAAAGCGAACCCCAACAUUCAGAGUACCUCAGCCCUCCGAAAGAAGGCCGGUCCAUCGGCAGCGGAUGCGAAUGCCUCCAACUCGAGCGCUGAAGACGACGAUAGUGUGGUGGUUAGCUACAAAUCGAAACGAACAGCUCAAUCGGAAGGCCCGCGAGACCAAGGAGCCACGGCGGAACUAGAAAUCGAAACCGAAACGGACCGCGAUGCGCAAGCCAUCUACCAGAAAAGUAUCGACAUCAACAAGGAGCUGGAAGGCAAACAGGACGAUAAGGUAUACCGAGGGUUGAACAACUACACGCAGUUUUUCAAGAAAAAGGACAGCGCCCAAGGCAACGCAGCCUCGGGGAUGGUGCGCAAAGGACCGAUUCGGGCACCGGCCAACAUCCGUUCGACCGUACGCUGGGACUAUCAGCCGGACAUCUGCAAGGAUUACAAGGAAACGGGCUACUGUGGGUUCGGUGAUAGCUGCAAGUUCUUGCACGAUCGAAGCGAUUACAAGCACGGUUGGCAGAUGGAGCAGGAGGGUGCCGGAACGGGCGGCACGUAUGCGGCCGAUGAUUCGGAUGGUGAUGAUACCAAGUACGAGAUUCACUCGGACGACGAAGAGCUGCCAUUCAAAUGUUUCAUAUGCCGUGAAAGUUUCGUCGAUCCGAUCGUAACCAAAUGCAAACACUAUUUCUGCGAAAAGUGUGCCCUGGCGCAGUUCAAAAAAUCAUCCCGCUGUGCAAUCUGUGGCGUGCAGACGAACGGUAUGUUCAACCCGGCGAAAGAACUCGCGGCAAGACUGAAAUCGAGAGAAUUAGAGCAGGAUUCGGACAGUGAAUGAACGAACUGUUCAAUAAAUAAAUCAGCUAACUUCUAUUUAAA